AUGGCUGCAGCCCUGCAGGUCCUGCCCUGCUUGACCCGAGCCCCCUUGCGUCCACUUCUCUUGAGGCGCCCAGUGGUCCGGCUGGCCAGUGGCAUGGCCUUGGCAGAACAGGCACAGCAGUUGUUUCAGAGUGCUGUGGGAGCUGUGCUGCCGGGCCCCAUGCUGCACCGGGCACUGUCCUUGGACCCUGGUGGCAGACAGCUGAAGGUGCGGGACCGGAGCUUUCAGCUGCGGCAAAACCUCUACCUCGUGGGCUUUGGCAAGGCUGUGCUGGGUAUGGCAGCUGCAGCUGAGGAGUUACUGGGCCAGCACCUUGUGCAAGGUGUGAUCAGCAUUCCCAAGGGGAUUCGUGCUGCCAUGGAGCACGCCAGCAAGUGGGAGAUGCUGCUGAAGCCCCACAGCCGUGUCCAGGUAUUCGAGGGUGCAGAGGACAACCUGCCAGACCGUGAUGCGCUGCGGGCUGCACUGGCCAUCCGGCAGCUGGCUGAGGGACUCACAGCCGAUGACUUGCUGCUCGUGCUCAUCUCAGGUGGGGGCUCAGCCCUACUGCCCGCCCCCAUCCCACCUGUCACACUGGAGGAGAAGCAGAUGCUCACCAAGCUGCUGGCAGCCCGCGGAGCCACCAUCCAGGAGCUGAACACUAUCCGGAAGGCUCUGUCCCAGCUUAAGGGUGGGGGACUGGCUCAAGCUGCCUACCCUGCUCAGGUGGUGAGCCUGAUCCUGUCAGAUGUGGUGGGGGACCCUGUGGAGGUGAUUGCCAGCGGCCCCACUGUGGCCAGUGCCCACAACGUGCAAGAUUGCCUGCAUAUCCUCAAUCACUAUGGCCUUCGUGCUGCCCUGCCACGUUCCGUGAAGACUGUGCUGGCUCGGGCUGACUCUGACCCCCGUGGGCCACACACCUGUGGUCACGUCCUCAAUGUGAUCAUUGGCUCCAAUGUGCUGGCACUGGCUGAGGCCCAGCGGAAGGCUGAGGCGCUGGGCUACAGGGCCAUGGUGCUGAGCGCAGCCAUGCAGGGUGAUGUGAAAAGCGUGGCCCAGUUCUAUGGGCUGCUGGCCCGGGUGGCUGGAACCCACCUCACCCCAUCCGUGGCUAGGGCUUCUGAGGAGGAGGCUGCAAAACUCCAUGAGCUGGCAGCUGAGCUCCAGCUCACAGACCUGCAGCUAGAGGAGACUCUGGAGGCUGUGGCGGGAGCUAGGGUCCCAGUCUGCCUGCUGGCUGGUGGUGAGCCCACAGUGCAGCUGCAGGGCUCGGGCAAGGGUGGCCGAAACCAGGAACUGGCCCUGCGUGUUGGGGCAGAGCUGGGAAGACAGCCACUGGGGCCCAUUGAUGUGCUGUUUUUGAGCGGUGGCACUGAUGGGCAAGAUGGGCCCACAGAGGCUGCUGGAGCCUGGGUCACGCCUGAGCUUGCCAGCCAGGCUGCUGCAGAAGGCCUGGACAUGGCCACUUUCCUAGCCCACAAUGACUCGCACACCUUCUUCUGCCGCCUUCAGGGUGGGACACACCUGUUGCGAACAGGGCUGACAGGUACCAACGUCAUGGACACCCACCUCCUGUUCUUGCGACCUUGGUGAUAGCAUAGGUCACAUUUUGGGACUCCGGAGGAGGCCUAUAAGGGCAGAAUUCUAGGGCCGACCACGGUUGGUCCCCAGGGCCUCACCAGGCCUUAGGGCCCCUCGUCUUCUUGACCCUGGCUGCUUCAUUGGCCUUCAUAUCUCCCACC